AUGGCUUCAACAUUAGCAGAGGUUACCUGGUUGGAAGGUCUGUUUAGUGAGUUGAAUGUCCCUAUCAUCAAGCCUAUUACCAUUCUCAGUGACAAUAAAUCUGCUAUUCAAUUAGCAUCUACUCCCAUCUUUCGUGAAAGGAAAAAGCAUAUAGAGAUCGAUUGUCAUUUUAUAAGGGACAAAAUCAAGGCAGGAUUGGUGAAGGCUAUGUCCGUUUGCCAGUGGCUUGGCGUCACUUGUGGUUCUCGUCACCAACGAGUGAAGUCCUUGAAUCUUUCAAACAUGGCUCUUACAGGCAGGAUUCCCCGGGAAUUCGGAAACCUCUCAUUUCUUGUUUCUCUUGACUUGGGAAGCAACAAUUUCCAUGGAAAUUUUCCUCAAGAAAUCACACACUUGAGUCGGCUUAAGUUUCUUGAUUUAAGUUUCAGCAACUUCAGAAGCGAGGUUCCUUCUUGGUUGGAGACAUUAGAUUUAUCUUAUAAUUCACUCCAAGGAUACAUUCCGGAAGGGAUCGGCAAUCUUCACAACACGAACUUGUUGGGCAUACAAUAUAAUCAGCUUACAGGUUCUAUACCAUUCACAAUUUUCAAUAUCUCAAGAAUCGAAGUCAUUGCAUUUACAGGCAAUAGAUUAUCAGGAAAUCUUCCCAAUGGUUUUUGCUAUGGUUUUCCAAUACUCAAAGGGCUUUAUUUAUCUACAAACAAGCUUUGCGGUCAUAUGCCUACAAGCUUAUCAAGUUGUUCUCAACUUCAAAUUCUGUCUUUAUCGGAAAAUGAGUUUGAUGGACCAAUACAUAGUGAAAUUGGAAGAUUGAGUAACUUGCAGUUAUUGUAUCUUGGAUUUAACCAUUUCAUUGGUGAAAUACCCAAAGAUAUAAGCAAUCUCGUUGAGUUUGAGGUACUUAAUCUUGGGUAUAAUAGUUUUAGUGGUAGAAUUAAUAUGGAGACCUUCAACAUAUCAGGGCUGAGAAAGAUUGCACUUACAAACAAUAAUCUAUCAGGAAUCCACCCACCCAACAUUGAUGGUCUUUAUCUGAGGAACUUAACCAAUCUUGUUGGGGCAACAAACUCAGUGGAUUGA